AUGGUACCUUCAUAUAGGGCGGAAACACUCCCAACCUAAUCUACGCUCCUCACUACUCAACCUUUUCGACCAAUUCUUCAAGCCACCAGAAAUCCUCUACAAGCUUAUUUUCUGGUUUUCAGGUGUGGUUUUCCGGUUAAGGGGAGAAAUUAAGUGAUUUAGAGAUGGCAGUGGGAGGCUUUGCACUGGAAGCGGGCUCUACCGCAGCCAGGUCUGGCGGAAAGCUAACGGUGGCAGUGUUUUUUACCUGCAUCAUGGCGGCCACCGGAGGCAUGAUCUUCGGCUACGACAUUGGAAUUUCAGGAGGAGUAACAACAAUGGAAUCAUUCUUGAAGAAAUUUUUCCCAAGCAUUUUCAGGAAGAUGCGGGCAGCCAAACAAGAUGUAUACUGUGUUUAUGAUAGCCAACUCCUGACUUCAUUCACUUCUUCUCUAUACAUUGCUGGUUUGGUGGCCUCACUUGGGGCAGGGAAGGUGACUCGAGUCAUGGGCCGGCGCGCAAGCAUGCUGCUAGGGGGCUCUGCUUUCAUGGUAGGAUCAGUGAUCAAUUGUGCAGCCAUGAACGUCGCCAUGCUUAUCUUGGGUCGAAUCUUAUUGGGUUUCGGUGUAGGUUUCACGAAUCAGGCCACACCAGUGUACUUAUCAGAGAUGGCGCCACCAAAGUGGCGUGGCGCCUUCAACUCUGGCUUCCAAAUCUUCCUCUCAUUUGGUGUUGUGGCUGCGAACCUCAUCAACUACGGCACCACCCGCAUCAACCCCUGGGGCUGGCGCCUCUCCUUGGGUAUCGCAGCGGUCCCAGCCCUCAUCAUUACCGUUGCUGCCUUCUUCCUUCCUGACACACCAAGUAGCCUCAUACAACGAGGCCACACCGAGCUCGCCAAAGAGACCCUUCGGCAAGCAAGGGGAUCCGACGCAGAACUUGAUGCUGAGUUUGAAGAGUUUGUUCAAGCAAGCAAAGCUGCAAUUCCCGUUACUUCCCCUUACAAAAUGAUAUUAAAACGUCGUUAUAGGCCUCAAUUUGUCAUGUCUGCUGCAAUUCCUUUCUUAGCUCAGAUGACUGGAAUAAAUGUGAUUGCAUUCUACGCACCGAUCCUUUUCGAGACAGUUGGGUUCGGGAAGGACUCGGCAUUGAUGGCCUCUGUUAUCUUGGGUGCGGUUAGUUUGUCCUCCAACCUUGUGUCGACCUAUGUUGUCGACCGACACGGCCGGAGGAUCCUGUUCCUCGUUGGAGGGACCAUGAUGAUGAUUUGCCAGGUGAUAGUGGCAUGCCUCCUAGCAGCAAAGAUUGGAUCCUCUGGAGACAAGCCUCUCAGGAAGGCCGAUUCAGUCGCAGUGUUGGUUGUCAUGUGCAUGUACUCAGCCGCAUUCGGGUGGUCAUGGGGGCCACUUGCUUGGCUCGUGCCCAGCGAGAUUUUACCAUUAGAGAUCCGGCCAGCCGGCCUAAGCAUAAGUACGGCCAUCGCCUUUGUGGCCGUCUUCCUGCUUGCUCAAACCUUCUUGGCAAUGCUGUGCCAUUUCAAGUAUGGCAUUUUCUUGUUCUAUGCAGGAUGGCUUGGCUUCAUGACAGGAUUUAUCGCCUUAUUCUUACCAGAAACUAAGGGGAUCCCGCUUGAUUCCAUGAACUCUGUGUGGAAACAACAUUGGUAUUGGGGAAGGUUUCUAGAUGAUGAUGAUUCGAACUUGUAGAAUAUGCUAUAUAUGAUACCAUUAUAUGAAUCCACUUUCUUUCUCUCCGUCUCAUAUAUACUCGUUUCAGUAUGCAUGCUUAUGGUUGUGAGCGGAUUGGAUUGGUACUUGGGCCCGACCUGAGUAGGUACUAGUCGGAACAGGACCCAACCCCACUAAUAGGGUUUAGGUACUAGCCUAAAUGAGAUGUCAAGCGUAAGAAGGGACAGAUCCAACUCUAAUCUGUCUUUUAGGGCUUUCUUUUUACCCUUUGCAAAAACACAGCUUGCUUUAAGCGAGACUAUGGCUAGCGAGUUAACAGUGAGAGAGAGACUAACUCACUUCAAGCAAGUUAAUUGAAAGCCCUUCAAACGUGGUUCAAGCUGAUAAUUCCCUUGAAACUAGGAAACUUACACUACCGAUUCUUGAACAAAAAAUGAAGCUGGGAAAUUGAUUUUAGAACCAUCAUAGAAAUUUCGGUUGAAGAUUUAAGGUGAGGCUUUAUUUUGUUUUUAUAAAGCCUAGGCCUUACAGAAACCUCAUCCUUAAAGAAAAAAAGGGUGCCCACCUACCUUGAAAGACAACAAUGCGAGUAAGGUAAAAGAAAUUGGAAAUUUUCUCUCUUUUGGAGUGUUGAAAGAUUAGAAGGGUAAUUAAUAUAGUUGGAAAAUGAGGCUUUUUUCCACCCCCAAAGCAGAAAAAGCCCACUAAGACCAAGAAAACAUCCAUAGAACACAGGGUGUCACAGUCACCACUAUCACUAUAAAUAUAUACAAAUGGGAGGACCACAAAUCUACAUCCAAAUUUCUCUGCUGAAUUCACUAGUGUUGCAGCACUCAUAGAAUUCAGUUCCUUCUCUUUAACAAUCCAAAACAUCCCCAACCCCUCUCUCUCUCUCUCUCUCUCCAGCCCCAAAUGGGUUCUUUUCUGUUGUUUCUCCUCCCUCUCUUCAGUCAAUGCUACAACUGCUCAUACACUCGACCCUGUGAAACAUGUGUUUUACAGAGCCCUAAACCGAGACCAUAUGAACCUCACUGCAAUUAGUGACCUAUUUGGAGUGAGCAGGCUGAGAAUAGCUAAAGCAAGCAACAUCUCUUCUCUCAGAUCUCCUCUUGUCCGAAACCAGGCCCUCUCUAUCCCAAUCUAUUGUGCAUGUAUGAACAAUUACUCACAAGCCAAUAUCAGAUAUCAGAUCAAGAAAUAGCAUACACAUACCAAUUCCUUUAACCCCACAACAUAUCAGGUUGUUAUUGUGGCAAACCCUAGGCUUGUAACUACUAACCUAGAAAUUGGGGUUGAAGUAAUUUUCCCAAUUAGAUGCCUUUGCCCUACAUAAAUCCAGUUACAGAGGGGGAAUGAAUUCCCUCAUAACCUAUGUUGUUCAACCUGGCGAUACCUACGAGUCGAUUAGCCGGUUUUUUAAGGAAAAUGGGAGUGCAUUAAUCUCUGCCAACCCCACAGCCAAUCUCUCUAAGCCGUACCCUUUCUCCACUGUUUUUGUAUCUGUUUCUCAAUUACCCCAACUGGUUCAGCCCAAACCACCACCAAGUCUUUCAGUUGUUUCUCACAAGAACCAACAUGGCAGUCUGACUGGAUUGUCUAUAGCAGUUGGGGUUUUGGGGGGAUUGACUACUGUUCUUGCUCUGGUUCUCAUCUUUGCCUUUAGGAAAAAGUCAAUAAUAACUGAUAGCGACGAUUACGAAUUGGCCCCUCAUCAAUUCCAAAAGGGAGGAGGAGCUCCUCUUACGGAAGGAUUUCUUGGCUGAUGUCACCCAAUGCUUAGACAGGUGCAAAAUCUACUCCAUUGAAGAGCUCAAGGAAGCGACAGAGGACUUCAACCCAAAAACCCUAAUCCAAGGCUGUGUAUAAGGCCACCAUUGAAUCCAAGGCCUAUGCAGUGAAGAAGAUGAAGUGGGAUGUCUCUGAAGAACUCAAAAUCCUCCAAAAAGUGAACCACCACAAUCUGGUGAGGCUCGAGGGAUUUUGCAUCAACAUGGAACAGUCCGCAUGAAACAAUUGUUCUUUGAAGAAAUGCACAAAUAUCUAACGACAUUCUCCAUAUCCAUGUCCAUAACUGUACGUGGGUAAAUUAUUGCAUUUUAGAAGCCAGUAUAAGCAAUUCACACCUUUCUUUCCCUACGAAUAAUAGAAUCACUAGUGACCUGCAAAAAUCAAUUUGACUAUUCAGGGCUAGUUAACCAGCUAAAAAGAAUAAUAUUUGUAAACAAAGAGAACAGCUAUUUCUCUAGAAUCCUUACAAGAAUUCCAAAGUCAUAAGCAAUAAUGUGCCACUAUCAUCUUGUAGGAGAUAUGAUCCAAAGAUUGCUGGAUAGAAAUUCAAUAGAAGAAAAGACAAGCUCAAGAAGAUCUAAGCAUAAUUUUAUUCAGUCAAAUUUAUAAGACUAAACUUCCUAGACGAACUAGGACACAAACAUAAAGAAAAAACACAAGGAAAGAGUAAAAGAUGUGAAUAAAUUAUAUUUCUUACCAGUUCCCAUGGAUACAAAGCUUCUUAAAAGAGAGAGAAGAUGUAAAACACGGCGAAAGAAAGCCGGAUGACUGCAAAAACACCAUUAAAAAACCCAUUUAUCAAGUAAGCAACCACCAACAUCAAUGAUAUCUUAUCCUAGAAAGUUGUCCUAAUAAGUUAUUUCACCAUAAUAACAUGUAAAAGGCACAGGGGUCAUCAUUUCAUUGCCCUCCAUAGAGUGUUUUGUUGUUCAUGUUUCUUCUCAAAUGAUCUGACAAUCUCCUCUUGCUCUAUUAUCAAACAAAAACCAGAACUUUACUAUUUUUAUUAAACCAAGAAAAACUAUUAAACUACUAAAUUGGGACUUUCAUCUAGGCACACUUCAUAUGUUAACAAUGUAAAAGAGAUACAAAACAAGUACAGUGUUAUGAUCUUGGCCACAUGGGAAACCUCAAUGUUAAAGUUACUACACUUAUUAUCUUCAAAUCUAUCAAUUACGAAUUUGUUUAAAAUUGCUAUGAUACAAAAAGUCAUCAUGAAGUCACUAGUUCCCAGGAUCCACAAGACCAUACAUCAAAAGAUAUAGUAAUACAUAUUGAACAAUCAUACUAUAAAGUAUUGAAAACCUAGAAUAGAAAAUCAGAAAAAAAAGUAUCGCAUACAGUUAUCAUCUUGAAAUAAUAAUUUGAAACUAAAAUGUUAAUGCUUUCAAUGUGCAAUCCCCAACAGAUAUUCGAUGUGUUUAUCUGGCGAAGACAGUAACCCCUACCUUUCCUCCAUUGCAAUUUGGCCCAAAACCUGUGCGGGGUUCCUUACUCCGCCUCUUUGGAUGGCAAUGGGUUACUCCCCCUUCUAUACUGGCUCUCUUCAAGUAGCACCUUGCUUGCCCGUAGCCAAUAGCUGGCCCAAUUUUGUGGCAAGCAUCCGUGGCUGCCACGGUGUGGACAAUCUGGAUUGAGCAAAAUUCCAGGAUUUUCAGAGAGAAAUGCUUGACUCCGAUCAUUUUCCACAAGAUUAUCUCCUCGGUCAUCUUUUGGGCCUCCAAUUACAAGAGAUUCAAAGGUCUACCCUUCACCUUCCUAACCAACUAGAAGUCCUUACUCCUUCUCCGGCCUUCUUGCCCUUCUCGGUCCACCUUAUGGUCACCUCCCCCCCGGGACAACCAAACUCAACUUUGAUGGGUGCUCCCUUGGUAACUCCAGAUCGUCAGGCACUGGAGGCAUUUCAGAAAUCAGCUCAGCCUUAUUCCCGUCUCACCUGGGCCACACUGAUUCCCAGACAGCUGAAUCCCGUUCCCUCCUCAAGGGCAUCAAUCUUUUCGACCCUCUAUGGGGUCUCUCAUUGAUUGUGGAAUGCGAUGCCCAGAAUGUCAUCUCCUGGGCCUCAGGUUGCUCACCUUGUCCCUGGUACUUCGCCCCUAUUUUUUAUGAAAUUACUCACUUAUGCAGGGAUAUUGCCGUCUCAUGGAGGCAUACGUGGCGGGAAUCGGAUGCCCUCGCUAAGCAAGGAGCCCUUCCCGUUUCUUACUGUGGAGCAUUGUCUUUUUUGUUAUACUUUCAGUGGACUAUACCUCCACAACGUUUUGGUUGUUUUGUGCAUAUGUACGGGCUCUGCCCCAUUUUUUGUAUAGGGCCACUGCUCUGUGGUUCGCCUAUUUUUUGGUAUAGAACCCCGUCUAGUGGGUGGUCUCUACCCCCUUUUCCCUUCUCUCUCUCUGUAAUUUCCCUUUUAUCCGAUACAACACUAUUAAAAGUUUCAAAAAAAAAUACACAAAUAUUCAACAACACAUUGUUAUCCAGAUUCAUAAGCCUCAUGCCAAACAAAAAACUCCAUCCCAACAAGAAUAAAGAUCUACAACACUCAGUGCCACCAUCCCCUAAAAACAGAUAAAUGAAAAAAAAAAGUAGGUCAAUAAGCAAACCUUCACAGCCAUGACCAAAAUUUCAUGUUUCCAUUUCUCAAUCUCUGAUAUCUCGUAACUGAGAAAAGAACUGAUGGAAUAAACUACAGUUUCUUUAAACAUAAAAUAUACGUUUGGGCAAAUUAAGGACCACUUGAAGAAAGAAAAAGUCAAAGUCUCAAACUUGAUAAAUAAAAAUUUGGAGAAUGAAAAGCUGCAAAUUAAAAGAAGAGAACCCAACAAGUAAUAGGACAAUUUACAAGCGUCUUUCUUAUUUUCUGAGAAAAAACUAAGAGAAAGAAUAGAGCAACGCUUUGUCUCAUAAAUCCCCACCAGCCAUUAAUCAUUAAAAGGAAGCAAAAGACAUACAUCUGUCAAUAAAUACACUUCCGUUUGGAAAAAGAUGAGCAUGUACAGUAAUAGACCCAAAAAAGAAAAAACAGAGAAAAGACAAUGAGAAUCCAUAUUCCGAAUCAACUAACCAAUGCUAUUAGUUCAACAUUAAUGUUGAGGGUGUUGAUGUGUCACAACUAAGAAUCACCUCAAAAAAUAAAAAAGAAGAAAAAUAUAACUCUACCAAUAAAUAUUACUUCUUUCAAAACAAAAGGGUGGCAAUCAUAACAACUAGCACAACAAAAAUUGGAACUAAAACUAUUCCAAACAUGUAUAACUAAGCUCCCAUCCUCCAGGAACUAGCCAAUUUAAGAAUCAUAUGUUCUUUUAUUUCAUUGAAAUCUCUACCUCAGUUGAAGCAUAAAACUAAAACAAAGAAUCAGAACUCAGUGCAACAGACAUUGCUUCGUUAAAUUCUUUACCGAUGCCUGAGGUAAUUCUCCUACAUAUGCGGUGGGAAUGCAAACACACCAACUGUAAACCCAAGAAACCUUGAUUCAACAUUUCUUUUGGCAAGAAAUAAACAAACUUCCAGCAAUUCCAUUUCAAGAAAAAUCACCCGAACUCUUAGUUCAGAAGCAUCACAUUGGAUCCCAACCCAACAUCAUCAAUAAGUCCUCUGGAAUUUAUUCGGCUUCUUCACAAAGCUCAGCCUGAGUUCCUAAGCCUCUUCCUCUCCUCUUCCUCUCUAUCUUCAUAGGCAGUGUCUCUCUCUUUGGCUUCUCCUUCUUAGCAUUCUUCUUCUCAUCAAACCUAGGAUCAACUUCACACACAGUAGAUUUAAUGGUGACCCCUCUUUCCUCUGCCUCUUUGCAUAGCUUAUCGGCUUGUUCAGCCCUACCAUGAA